GUCCUGCCUCCGUGGCUGAGCCAGGAACAGGCGUGUGGGCUCCGGGUACAGAACUCCCAGAGUCAAGGGUUUCAGGUCACACCAGCGAAUCGUUUUGCAAGCAGAUGCCACAGGUCUCUGCUCAGACCGGGCAGCACACAAGGUCAGCGUCAGCAGAUCUGACCCUAAAAAUAGGCUCUUGGAUGCCAGUCGGGGUGGCUGGGUGUGCAGCCGCCACACGCCCCACGGCCCAGCACCUCCCGACCUGGCCAGGACCCGGUGUGCACAGCUGCAGAAAGGAAAGAAAAUCCUUUGGCUCCAAAAUGACAUCCGGAGAAUCAAAGACAAGCCUCAAGAAUGCCUACCCGGCUGCCAAGAAGCUGCUGCCGAAGGUGGAGGAGGAGGGGGAGGCUGAGGAGUACUGUACCCCAGGAGCCUUUGAGCUGGAGCGUCUCUUCUGGAAGGGCAGUCCCCAGUACACCCAUGUCAACGAGGUCUGGCCCAAGCUCUACAUUGGUGAUGAGGCGACCGCGCUGGACCGCUACGGGCUGCAGAAGGCAGGCUUCACGCAUGUGCUGAACGCUGCCCAUGGCCGCUGGAACGUGGACACCGGACCCGAUUACUACCGAGACAUGGCCAUCGAGUACCACGGCGUAGAGGCCGAUGACCUGCCUACCUUUGACCUCAGCAUCUUCUUCUACCCAGCGGCCGCUUUCAUCGACGCUGCGCUCCGCUAUGAACACAAUAAGAUCCUGGUGCACUGCGCUAUGGGCCGCAGCCGGUCGGCGACUCUGGUCCUGGCCUACCUGAUGAUCCACAGGAACAUGACCCUGGUGGAUGCCAUCCGGCAAGUGGCCAAGAACCGCUGUGUCCUUCCCAACCGGGGCUUCCUGAAGCAGCUCCGAGAGCUGGACAAGCAGCUGGUGCAGCAGCGGCGACGGGCCCAGCACGGGGGCGAGGCGGGGGAGAAGGCUGGUGAGAAGGAGCCAUAGCGCCCCCUCCGGGGCGAGCGGGACGCUGGGGAAUGGAGGGCUAAGGCUGGCAAGAGCUCUGGCCUGUGACUUUGUCACGGAGAAGGGACGCGAAACCGAAGCUCGACGCCUCGCAAACGAUCGUAGGACUUCCAGGGUGCGUGCUGGUGAGCAGGGGAGAUCACAGUGGCCUCCGGGAUGAGUCCAGCCCUGGGCUUCACAGCCAAAUGGGGAAGACGGGCUUCCCAGCAGAAUUGGUUACAGAUGAGCUCGCCAAUCUGCACAAAGGCGCCGUUUUUUUUGCUCCUUUUUUUCCUUUUUUUCUUUUUUUGGGUAAGAUGGAAGGAGAAAAGGAUUUAAAACUGUGUAGACAUUGUGCUGUGAUUAAAUAUUGGCUUUGUC